UCCACUCGGUUCCUUCCCCCCCCCCCCUCUGUGAGUUCCACAAUUUCUCCUCCUCUUUUCCAUCCAGUUGUCUUCUGAUUUGCGGAGUUCCGCUCACAAGUUCUGCAGCCACGGCUUGUGCUUACCAUACCGCAAGGAGAGAAUGAAAUCCCAGUGAGAAUAAGAGGGGACGAAGGAAAUGGCGAAGGCGUUCAGGAACCUUAACCGCCGAGCGAAGCCUCAGAAAUAUGGCGUGGCAUUGGUUGCGGUGUUCAUUCUGGUGGCGCUGACCUACGUUACGAGGACGAGGACUACCAGCAUGCGCUUCUCUCUUGGUGGAUUUGUGACGCCUGAGAAGAAGCCCAUUUGUGAUACGUCCAACAGGAAAUCCGACAUCUGUGAAGCAGACGGCGAUGUUAGAAUCAUGGGCAAAGAUACCAGGAUGGUGUUUGUCGCCGGAGGAGGAGGAGGAGGCGAAUCGUGGACGAUCAAGCCUUAUGCUCGUAAAUGGGACGCCGGAUCAGGUGCUCGUGUUCGGGAGGUGACCCUGAAACUGGUCGAUGGGUACGCCCAAGACAGGCGCUGCUCCGUCAACCACACCGUCCCUGCAAUGGUUUUUGCGAUCGGUGGAUGGACCGGCAACUACUUCCACGACUUCGUCGACGUGCUUGUGCCUCUCUUCGAGACCGCCUACCACUUCGGCGGCGAGGUCCAGUUUCUCAUAGCCAACCUGAACCGGCCAUGGAUGGACAAGUACCAACUCUUCUUCAAAAAGCUGUCUCGGUAUGAGAUCAUCGAGUACGACGACGACGACGCCAUCCGUUGCUUCAAGCAUGUGACCCUGGGCCUGAGAUGCACCAGCGCCGAGGACUUCCAAAUGGAGCCCUCCAAAUCGCCGCACGGGUACACCAUGUUCGAUUUCGCCAAGUUCGCCAGAGGCGCCUUCUCCCUCGAGAGAGACUACGCGUCGAGGAUGGGUGAAGAGGCCGACAAGAAACCAAGGCUGAUGGUCAUAACCAGGGCCACGACACGAAGAUUCAUGAACGUGGAGGAAAUUGUGAGGAUGGCGGAAGAGGUGGGCUACGAAGUCGUGGUCACGGAGGGAGAUCCUGACGUCUCCAAAUUUUCGCGCAUCGUCAACUCCUGCGACGUGUUGAUGGGUGUUCACGGAUCGGCGCUGACCAAUAUGGUCUUCCUGCCUACGAAUGCUGUGGUGAUCCAAGUAGUGCCAUGGGGUAAUCUGGACUGGAUCGCCGGCCAUUACUUCAGGGACCCAUCCGACCAAAUGAAGCUGAACUACCUGGAAUACAGUAUCAGCGAAGAGGAAACCACUCUCACGGAGCUGUACCCGAGAGAGCACGCGGUGUUCAAGGACCCCAUGUCGUUGCAUCCUCAGAACGCGGAUUGGGACACCUUCUCCAGGAUCUUCCUCAAGGAGCAGAACGUGAAGCUUGAUGUGACAAGGUUUAGGGCUUACCUGGAGCGUGCCCUUCGGAUCCUCCGCCACCGGCGGGGAGAAUGAGGUGAAAGAUGAAUAUAUUAUUAAUUAUUGUUUUAUUUUCAGGAGUUUAGUUUUCCAAUUUAUUCUUUUAAACUGUGGACAAUGUUAAAAUCUGAAGAGAGGGUAUGAUGGAUGGCAUGUCGAGCGAUCGCAGAUGAGCUGCUGCUCGUCCUCUUUAUCUUCUCGGUCAAAAGAGAAGAUUGGGAGCUAUAAAUAUCCUUGACUGGGCUUUUCUUUUGAGGAACGUCGUCUUUUUAUUUUGUAUA